AUGUCUGGAUUAGCCCCUGCUCUUGAUCUGAAUGGCACCAACAAAAUAACAGUUUUAGACUUGCAGAAGAUGUGCCAAAAGUUUGGGAUUUCUGUACCACAGCACAUGUAUGAAAAAUUGCUCGAGGAAUGUGAUAUUAUUGAUAAAGAUGGAGCAAUAAGCUAUGAUGAGUUUGUUCAUUGUUUGAACUGGAAAGAUUUGCUCAAAGAAAAUGCUAAAUUGAAAAAAUCAAGGUAUGCAAAUGAUUGGAGAGAAAACUGCAUCAAUUGCAACAGCAAAAACUCACUUGAAGAUUUCAGAACAACAUAUUCAGCAAUUGGAGAUCACAGUCAUAAAGAGUUUAAAAAGACAGCAGGACUCCCUAAUCGUAGAUUUGAAUGUGGAGAUGUUAAAAAUGGUGCUGAAGUUAUACAACCAAAUGUAUUUGCUAAGUAUGGUGUAUAUGAUGAUGACCUUAAUAUGCCCCGAAUGAAGCAAGAGGUGCAAAUAUUAUUCUAUAGAAGUGGAAUAAAUGUUGACUCUGAAAUGUUUGAAAUGGUAUGGAAAGGUGUGAACAAGAAUGGUAAAGCAAGUAUUUUAUCAGUAUGGAAUGAAAUGAAGAAAUUGUGUUUAAUUUGAAA